CUCUCUUCUCCGUAAACUGUUGUUGUUUUCAGGCUGCAAUCCUAGGCAUGCUUUCAUGAGAGUAAGCCUCACUGGGAUCAUGGAACAUAUUUCUGAGAAAACAUGCAUAGGAUGGUGCUCUAAGGCAGUUUCCAGCUCCUGUGAUGCUGCAGGAUACCUGAGGGCCAGUCAAACAGUCCCUGCGGGCCGAAUCCGGCCCCCAGGCCUUACGUUGUGCAGGCCUGCCCUAUCCUAAGGGCAGAUCACAUUGCACCGCCCACACAGAGGAGUUCCUUUACAAGAAACUUACGUCAAGACCCUUUCCUUGAAGCUGCUCACACCAGAGGUGGACUCGUCACUGGUGCUUCCGGGUCCUUCUGCUUUCAGCAAUGCUGCUGGCCAAGUGCCUCCUUUUGUCCUCCAUAGUUAUCUCCUCAGUGUUACAUGCCCGGUUAUCAAUAUAUCAGACCGAGAGGUUCCUGUUUGUGGAUACUGGGGGCACAGCUGAGAUCUCGUGCACUUCUACAGAGAAAAUUGAAGACAAUGGCAUUUCAUUCAGUUGGUACAGAAGAGAGAUGGUGAAAUAACACAUUUAACUGAGAAUGGCUGUGACAAGUCUUCUGGUAAAUUUGUCUGCAAAGUGAAAGAACAGAAGUUGACGCUGGAAAUCUCCCAUCCUCAAAAGACUGAUUCUGGUCUCUAUUUCUGUGGCAGACAGCUCGAUUUUUCAAUAAUGUCUUUCAGCAAUGGGACUUCCCUGAUUGUCGGAGACAGUUACACCCCAAGCACCUGGGUGAUGCUUUUGCUCCCAUCUGCUCAUCCAUCAUCCGAGUUUGUGCAGAGCAAGCAUUUCACUUGCGUGGUCCAUGGAGCAUCCAACUCGGUCCAGGUGUCCUGGAACAUCUCUGGAGAUCUCCAGCAAGAGGGACAGACACUUUUGGUGGAAAACAGCAGCGGAUCCUUAACCUUCAUCAGUUUCCUCUCCGUCCCCAUGGUGGACUCACAGAACAGCAGGAAGCUCUACACCUGUGAAGUCAGGUUCAAUUCCUCCAGCAGGAGUGUGAAGAAGAGUGCCCCAUUCCCUGCAGCUACCUCUGAUCAUAACUGCACAACCUACAAGAUACCCCUGGCGGUCGGGGGCCUGCUGGCAUUGCUGCUGCUUCUCCUGAGCUUCCUUUGGAUUCGGCUCUGCCCUUCUGGUCCAGGAUUCCAGCCCAGGUCCUCCGAACCUGCAGCCUCAGAGGAACCACAGGAAGGCAUCUGCUACGCCCAACUGGAUUUCCCUACCAGGAAUCAGACUGGGAAGAAGAGGAGAGAGACACACCUCAAGGGAAACAUCUCAAGAUUUGAGUGAUAGAAGACUACCUGCAAGAGAGUAAGUGGGGAGACUGGGAGGCUGUAGCAGAGUGCUCCAGAGAGAAGGCCAGGCCCCCUUCAUGCACAUGUGCAUGCACACAAUGCAUGGCAGAUAGAGCUUGGCCAUUACAGCAUGCUGGACAGUGAAAAUGCUGACACCAACAAUCCAGUUCAAGUACUAAAAUUUAGCAAGUUAAAAGACAGUCCUCUGUGGAUUUAUUUUUCUUCCUUGCAUCUUUUUCCUUCUUCAGAAAACAAUGUCCUGUUUUGCUUGCAGAUUAUGUCACUCCACAUAAAUCAUGUUUCCAUUUCUAUAACUCUGCAUAUUUGGGGGAGAAAGAAGAAAGGUCAUGCUCACCAAGGAUGCUCAAUUCUUCACCAAGGAUGCUUAUAGCUUUGUAAGCAAAUCAAAACUACUUUUCUCAUUCACAGUCACAAAAUUCAGUAUUGGCAGCUUUGCUUGUGUUCGUAUCACUUUGGGUCGUUUGGGUCUCGGGCACAUUCCAUUAGAAAGGCAACGUACAACUCAAGAAAUAUUCAGAAGAAAUGCACUGCAGACGAAAGGGAUUUUUUGCACAACAUGGCAAAGGUUUCUAUAGAUAUUACUGCCCAUAAACAUGUUUCCUUUCUCAUUUCCCCACCCGUCUCUCAUCAUUAUUUCUUAGAUAGCAGGGGCCUGAAAGAGAAAGGAAAACUGAAAUCUCCUCCAUUUUCCAAAAACUGCUCAGGUCCCAUUUCCCCUUACCACAGGCAACCAGACAAGUGGCCAUUUACAAACCUAGGCAUCUGAAACAAUCCAAAGACUCAUUCAUCAGGAUAUAUAUGUUACACCCAGAUUCCCCGUCUCCCCCCACCACCUGCUUUCCUUAGCCCUAGCUGAAUCCUCCUUCCUGUCAUUCCAUCACUGGAUAGUCCAAAGACUUUCACGGAUGUCUUCCCCUGCUAACUGAGCCAAGAGGCACCUUUUAAAAGUGGUGAUUCUCUUUCUUUAGUAGGGGGAGAGCAACUGGCCCUAUCCACCCCCAGCACAGCAUCCCCUGUGGCUAUUGCUUGCUGGUGUGUCUAUCUUAUGUUUCUUUUUUAGGUUGUGAACCCAUUGGGGACAGGAAGCCAUUUUUAAAAAAAUUUCUAUCUAUGUAAACUACUUUAGGAGCUUUUGUUGAAAGCAGUAUAUAAAUAUUCAUUAUAUUUGUAUUCCAGGCAUUUCUCAAAAUGAGGCCUGGCACAUUCGAUUUAUUUCUUGUUUUAUUUAUUUUUAUCAUAUUUAUAUUCUGCCUGGAGUUUUACAGACAGGGCCUCUCUCCCCCGCACUCCAAAUCGACUCCUGAUUGGAGUGUGCCAGUCCACAUUUUCGCUGGAUUUAACCCGACCUCCCUGCGGGCUAUCAGGGCCCAGGACAGACAGGGCUUUGUUUUUCUCUGAAGGGAGGCUGCAAAUUCUAGAUUAGCCCAAGUUAUGUCCAGGGUAAAAAAAAAACAAUCCUCUAUUUCCAGCAGCUUUUGAAAAAAGCUCCGGGGCUUCUGCUUUCUCGGAAGGUGUUGAUGGAGGUGCUGAUGGCUAUGCGAUUGGUCCAUCUGAUCCCUCGAAUUAAAAUGCCUCGAAUCAGAUUCACUCCUCAGAUACCCCGAGACAUAGAGCCAUGUGUGAAAAACCUCCUGGUAUGUGUAUCUCUAGGUGGUGAGAUACAUCUUUUUGACAUUUCAGUAUCCAAGGAUGCAAGUUACCUGUAGGAUCUUCCUCAUGGGUUUCGAUUUGCUGGAAGCUUUUCAUGUCUUGUGUGGGGAGAAAGAAAAAGAGGAGAAGAAGAAAAAUCUGAGUAAUGCUUGAACCAUGGCUGGAUCUAAGACAGUUUAUCUUACAAACACCUUAUCUCUGGCAAGAUGCUUUUUGAUAAGCAGGACAAGGGCGGGAUCAACAGGAGGAUGACAAAAUGGUGGCUCCCAAAAUAUAACAUCAAAAAUCCCAGAGUCUCUGUUGCUGCCCCGAGACUCUGCAAUAUGCUUCCUGUUGAAAUAAGAGCCUCCCCAUCUCUGACAACUUUUAAAAAGUACUAAAGACUUAUCUCUUCACCCAAGCUUUUUAAUUUGACUUUAAUUUUAAUUUUGAUUGUUUUAAGGUUUUUAUUUUCUGUGUUUUAACUUGUUUUAUGUUGUUGUAAAUCGCCCAGAGAUGAACGUUUGGGAUGGUAUACAAAUUUGAUAUGAAUGAAUGAUAAAAGACAGAUCAAAUGACGGGUCUCAAAAUAUAAAAUCAAAGGAUUCCUGUAAAAAGGGAGGGAGAGAAAGGAAUGGUGGUACAAGCUGCUGUGUCCUUACUAACUAAUUAGGAGUAAUUAGUCCUUACUAAUGCAGAGUAGAGGAGCAAGCAGUCAAGGCUUUUAUAUUCAUGCCCUGUCCAUCAGGGCGGACCUUGCUUAGCAAAGGGGACAAUUCAUGCUUGCUACCACAAGACCAGCUCUCCUCCCAAAUCCCUCUGACCUCUGGGGAAAUCAGUUUUCAACUCCAAAUGCUGAAGAAUCCUCAUCAUGUCUCCCGCAUCUAUCAUGUCAGGACGGGCUUUCUCCAUUGCUGCCCCGAAGCUUUGGAAUGCACUCUCGAAAUAAGAGCCUCCCCAUCUCUGUCAGCUUUUUAAAAGUCUUUAAAGACACAUCUGUUCACCCAGGCUUUUAACUGAUAUUGUUUUGAUUGUUUUAAUGUUGUUUUUAGAAUAUUGUUUUAAAAUUUUAAAUUGUAUUUUAAAUUUCUUGUUUUUAAAUCUCUUGUUUUAAUUAAUGUUUUACUUCUUUAAAAAUCUUGUUGUAAACCGCCCAGAGACGUAAGUUUGGGGCGGUAUAAAAAUAUGUUAAAUAAAAUAAAUAAAAGCAAAUAAAUAAUG